AUGACACCUCCCGCUUCUUUGGGUGAGGCCUACGUGCUAGGCGUAGGCUUGACUCGGUUUCUCAAGCCACGUCGCACCCGCGAAUACCCCGAGCUAGGGUACGAGGCGGGUGUGAAAGCAAUGCUCGAUGCCAAAAUCAAUUACGACGAUGUUCAGACUGGGAUUGGAUGCUAUUGUUAUGGCGAUACAACGUCAUCUCAGCGCAUAUUUUAUCAAUUUGGCAUGACCGGAAUCCCCAUAUACAACACCAACAACGCGUGCGCUACAGGCUCUACGGGCCUUCACUUGGCACGCAGUAUGGUGCGAGGAGGUCUUGCGGAUUGCAUCCUCGUCAUUGGCUUUGAGCAAAUGCGCCCAGGCUCCAUUAAAAGCGUGUGGGACGACCGACCCAGCCCCUUGGGCCCAUCGACCACAAUGAUGGAAGAUACAUAUGGAAAACAUGCCUCACCUCGAAAUGCCCAAUAUUUUGGGAAUGCAGGGGAGGAGUACAUGCAGAAAUUCGGCGGAAAAGCUGAGGAUUUCGCCGAGAUCGCGCGUAUCUCCCACGAACAUUCCCAGCGUAACCCUUACGCACAGUUUCAAACCGCAUACUCAUUGGAUGAAAUAUUAAAUUCCACACCCGUCCAUGGCCCUCUCACGAAGCUCCAGUGUUCUCCGACGAGCGAUGGUGCAGGCGCCGCAGUCAUUGUGUCGCAACGUUUUUUGGAUACUCGACCACACCUAAAAGCUCAGGCAAUACACAUAGCCGGUCAACAGCUGCUUACCGAUGGACCCGAGGUCUACUCUCGAAGUGCGAUCGAUUUGGUUGGAUUUAACAUGUCGCGUCAAGCCGCUCUCCUCGCGAUGAAGGAGGCCAAAGUCGAGCCCAAAGAUAUUAAAGUGUGUGAACUUCACGAUUGUUUCUCAACAAAUGAACUCUUGCUCCUGGACGCACUGGGAUUUUCGGCCCCCGGAAAGGCACACGAGAUGGUUCGUCGAGGCGACAUCACUUACGGCGGAUGUGGGCCAAUUAUAAACCCCUCGGGAGGGUUAAUCUCCAAGGGACAUCCCCUUGGGGCAACAGGGCUAGCGCAAUGCGCUGAGCUGACUUGGCAACUUCGGGGUUGGGCUAAUAAUCGGCUCGUUUCUAAUACGGAUGUUGCGUUGCAGCAUAAUCUGGGCUUAGGAGGAGCGGUGGUUGUAACUGUCUACAAGAGAGCAGAUGGCCAGAUCAAUCGAGAAGUAUCUGAUGGUGAGAUUCUGCAAGUCUCUGGCGUGGGAUACAAUCCUGCUGUUGAAGCUCGUUAUAUCACCCCCGAAGAUGGAGAACGCGUUCGAAGCAAGGCCAUGCGCCAUGAACACGUGCUGCAAGAUACCGUGGAAAAGCUUCGAUCGCGACUUUAA